AAGGAAAAGGAAAGCAGCAGCAGCCGCCGCAGCCAGCCAGCUGGGCCGAGCGCCCGAGGCCUCACCCGACUCCUGCUGCGAUUCUGCCAGCAAAAGAAGUAGAGAAACCAACCAAUCCAAAGGCAGUUUUUUUCUUCAAAAAAAAAAGGCAAUCACGGGAGACCCACCCAUCGCGUCCGCCCUGGCCCACGCCAUGGAGCAGCCGGGCGCCGGCGCCGCCGACGCCGUGGCGAUGGAUCCGUCCCCGUCCCCGUCCAUGGCGGCGCCGCAAGCGCCGCCGGUGGUCGAGUGGCCCGAGGGCGGCGCGCUGACGCGGGACUGGGUGGCGGGGCUGGCGUCCACGCUGGACUGGUGCUCGCGCCACCUCCCCGCGGACCGCCUCCCGGCGGUGCUCCCGCCGGCGCUCGUCCAGCGGCUGGUCCUGGCCGCGGCCGCCAUCCUGCACCGCGAGCCCAACCUCGUGCGCGUGGACCCGCGGCCCGGGCAGUCCGUCGUCGUCGUCGGGGACGUCCACGGCCAGCUCCACGACGUCAUCUUCCUGCUCCGCGACGCGGGGUUCCCCUCGGAGGAGCGGGUCUUCGUCUUCAACGGGGACUACGUCGACCGCGGCGCCUGGGGGCUCGAGACCCUCCUCCUGCUCCUCGCUUGGAAGGUGUUACUUCCGAAUUGCGUUUUUCUUCUCAGAGGGAAUCAUGAAUCCAAGUAUUGCACUUCGGUUUAUGGUUUCGAAAAGGAGGUAAUGACUAAAUAUAAAGAUCAAGGCCCUCAGGUUUAUCGGAAGUUCUUAAGAUGUUUUGAGGACCUUCCUCUAGCAACAAUAAUAGCAGGAUGUGUGUACACCGCCCAUGGUGGGAUCUUCCGUGGGACGAUUGUGUUACCAUCAAAGAGAUCAAAAAAGGCAAAGAAAGGUCGCAAAAACAAGGCAGAUUUUACUGUUGAUACAAUGUCCAUUAGGCUUGGAUCCCUGGAUGAGUUAUUGAAGGCAAGGAGAACUGUUCUUGACCCUCCUUGGGAGGGUCAAAAUUUGAUCCCCGGAGAUGUGCUUUGGUCCGACCCUUCCUUGCAGAUGGGUCUUUCACCGAAUCAAGAAAGAGGCAUCGGCUUGCUUUGGGGUCCAGAUAUCACUCAGCAGUUUCUGCGUACAAAUAAUUUGAAGUUAAUCAUCAGGUCACAUGAAGGUCCAGAUGCUAGAGACAAGCGGCAUGAUCUAUUAAGAAUUGAUAAAGGAUAUACAAUCGACCAUGAUGUAGAAUGCGGGAAACUUAUCACUCUCUUCAGUGCUCCUGACUACCCGCAAUUUCAGGCUUCAGAGGAGCGAUACAACAACUGCGGAGCAUAUAUUGUCCUUCAUCCACCAGAUUUUGCUAGCCCUGUUUUCCAUAGCUUUGAAGCUGUCAAGCCUCGACCUCCGGCGCAUCCGUUUUAUGAUUUUGAAGAGGUGAUUGACUCAGAUGAAGAGUUGAAUCUAGACGCCAUGGACAGUGGCACAUCAAGCCAAUGAUGAUGCCUUCUCGCCUUGUAUCAUUGUAUCUAUGAUGCCAACUGUCACGGUGUCACCAAAGAAGCAUGCCAUCAAUUUUUUGUUGUAAAUGAUGCUAACGUAGUGACGUUGCAGGUAAUGGCAUAGCCGUCAUGUGUGCCAAUCUGAUUUGUAGGUUCAGAUUGGGUUGAUCUGCAUCUAAAAGGCAGUGACCCAGAAAUACGACAUUUAGCGAUUGAGUGCGUGAAAAUCAGACGGUUGCAAGGAUCGUAAUCUCUGAGUCUUCCUCCUGCCGAUGCAUUCGUUGGAGGAUCUCCGCAUCCAUCCAUCUCAUGUUGUCUGCAGAAGCUUGUCUGCUUUCUGGUCUUUUAGCAGUGAUGCAUGUUGCAACAUGCUUCCCUGCAAUUUUGUGCUUGGGGUUGCUGAUCCUGAUUCUGCCACCCCAGAAAGAAAUUUAAAUUAUUAUGAAACAAAUGAUUUCCGUUUGAA